CAUUAUGGAUUUUGAUUUGGAGAAAUUUACCUCUGGCUCAGGCUUGGAGGAGGAAACUACCAGCGUGGACAUCAAGAACAAUUCGAAUGGCUCGCUCUUGGAGAAGGAAACAACCAGCGUGGACUUGAAGCAAAAAUCGAAGAGCAUCGACUUUGAGGAGACAACCACCAGCUCGGACUUCAAGAAAGUGUCGCAAAUCUCGCCCUUGGAGGGGGAAACUACCAGCGCCGAUUUGAAGCAUAAAUCAAAAAGCUCGCCUUUGGAGGGGAACACCGCGAGUGCGGACGGGAAGAAAUCAUCGAAUAUCAUCGCGCUCUUGGGGGAUGAGGAAGAGAAGGAAGAGCUGUGUAAACAUAACAUGAGCCCAGCGGCUUGUAUCAAAGUGAAUGUGAAAUUCGAGGUUUUCCACAUGACCCACGAUGAAAAAUUGGAGUCCAUUCGCGAGGGCUAUGCCAUGCUGAUACUUAUUUCGAACCUGACGCCCCAGUGGAUAAAAGACGAAAUCGAGAACACCGCCUCGGAGGCAGAGACUGAGAUUCUGUACUGCAAUGCUCCAUAUAUUGAGUACUGUGACCAAUACGGCGAGCUAUUUCGUAGAACCACUAUGAUUAUAACACUGCCAGAAAUUGCGGAAGAGCUCAACGCAUUGGCCCAUCAAUUGGUGGCUGGUGUGCCUUUCACGCUUUAUGGUACUUGGUUCUAGGCCACACACCCAAAAACAAUUACAAACAAAAACUGCUACUGCUAAAACACUACUACCCCGGACCCCAUAUGUGAUGCCACAGGCUGCUGUUAUCUCGUUUUGCUGUUCAUUCAAACAUCUCACA